AUGUUAUCCAAUGGUGUAAAAAUGUCUGCCACAGCCGCUGCCGGCUUCACUGCAGCGCAAAGAUCGCGCAUGUUUUACAACAUCUGUGUCCCGAUACGACUGUCGCUGGCGGCACUCGUGUAUCAGUUCGGGAGCCAUCCGCUCGUGAGAAGCGUGGCUGUCAUCUCGGGCUUGGCAUCGUACUUCUUCAAUUCGAAAAAAAUCAGAGAUGCUCGGCCAAACGACGUGUGGUGGUACCGACCGGUCCACAUGCUGAGUGGUGUCGGCGUUGCCAUCUUACUCAUCGUCUCUCCUAAAACAACGGUGCCAUCUGCGAUUCUACUUGCGGAUGCGCUAAUCGGACUGGCGACGUCCUUCUGCAAGAAACCAU